AUGAACUGGUCCAAACGGGUUUCUACUGGUUUUAAUGGGUUUCUACUGGUUCUAACUGGUCCAUACUCAUUCUUCGGUACACCUGGGCACACCUGGGUACACCUCGGUACAGCUGGGGUAUGCCUGAGGGGGAUACAACACACCUGGUCACACACCUGGGCACACCUGCGCGUGCUGGUGGGGCGGAGCUGGGUGCUGACCGCCGCCCACUGCCGCACCGACAGCCCCCUGCGGGUCCUGCUGGGCGGGCACAACCUGAAGGAGCGCGACGGGGCGGAGCAGUGCCUCACCUGGGCGCGCGCCUUCGUGCACCCGCGCUACCUGCCCGGCCGCCAUGACAGUGACGUCAUGCUGCUGCGCCUCAGCAGCCCCGCCCACCUGAGCGCGCGGGUGCAGCCCGUGGCGCUGCCCCGCAGGUGUCCCCAGGUGGGGGACAGGUGCGUGGUGUCCGGCUGGGGCAGCACGCGCAGCCCGCAAGUGUCCCAGGGUGACUCUGGGGGCCCUCUGGUGUGCGAGGGGUACCUGCAGGGCGUGGUCUCCUGGGGGCUGCAGGUGUGCGGCCAGCAGGGCAAGCCAGGUGUGUACAGCCGGGUCUGCGCCUUCACCGCCUGGAUCCGCCGCACCAUCCGUGCCAACGGCGGGGACUGAGACACCUGGGCCCACCUGAGAUACCUGGGCGCACCUGGGGGGCACCUGGGGGGCUCCUUGGCCUCACCUGUGACACCUGGGAGGCUCCUUGUGACACCUGGGGGUCACCUGGGGCUCACCUGGAGCACCUGGGGCUCACCUGGAGCACCUGGGGGGCACCUGAGGGGCUCCUUGGCCUCACCUGUAACACCUGAAUGGCUCCUUUUAACACCUGAGUGGU